AUGACAAUGGAAGAUCGCACGGGUGGCAUCGACCGCGCCACCCCCGCGACCUCGACGCCGGCCACGACGGCACUGACGUCGGCGUGCCCCGCGUCCAUCAGCGACGUCACGCCCGACGCUUCGUACCCCCUUCAACGAGCUAGCAAGCGCUCCUUCGACGUCGCUUUCCUCGUGGCACCCGACGAGAACCUGGCGCGACGUCAGAACGAAAAAUUGCGAUUGAUAACCGGCCGGAAGGACCGUCUGCGAGACGAUAUCUCCGUCGACAGUGCUCUGGACACUGAUAGGUUGCCGCAGAAUCUCACCAUCAAGCACUACGACAACGAUUCUGGCGGUUCAGACAGAAGAAGGUUGCUGCAUUGCACGGAGAAUUCGCUGAGUCCACCGUACGUAUCGCCGAGAACCUUGACGCCAACCUUACCGAGGCUCUCCCCGGAUUCGGACGGGAGAAGAUACGCGCCGACCGGUGGCCAGCUUCAGAAGACCCCGAGUCCACCUACUUUCGGCCAUCAUCAGUCUAUGUUGACCACCUGUCCCGAAUCGACGAAUUCUUCGAUUUUAGCCUGCGCGAAGGUCUACGAGACUGGUAUCUCCUGCGUGUCCGAUCGUCAAGGGGAAUCCCGGAGUGCCUUCACGAAGGUAAAUCUGAUCGGGCAGCGUAAUGGCUUCAACGACGACGGCCAAGCGUCGCCGAGGUCGUCGAUAUCGCCGGAUGAUCGCGCGAGUUAUCAGAGCAGCGUCAGUCCGCCGGUGGUGUCGUUGCCCGGUGCGACGAGCUACAAGUACGCGCCGUUCCCCACCAAGAUGGCGUAUCCCUUUCUGACCAUGGGGGCGGAAGCCGGUCACACGGGGCUGUUGGAGAAUCUGAAGAUCCCGCAGAUCGCUCAGCCGCCCAAGGUGCCCAGUCCAAAGGUAUCCGCUUUCCGACCGGAUCUUCCGCCGGUCUAUCCCAAUCUCUCCUACAAUCCCAUCUCCGUAUUUCCGCCGAUGGCGGACGCCCUCGCCAGGCCGAGAUUCCUGGCUACGGCCGCCGGGGUGGCCGGCCUCUUGCCACCGUCGUUCGCCGCCCUGACUCUACCGGCGCAGAACGUCUGCGCCAAGUGCAACCUGUCGUUCCGCAUGACCUCCGACCUAGUCUAUCACAUGCGCUCUCACCACAAGAAUGAAAGUGUGGGCGAGUCGGCGAGGAGGAGGAGAGAGGAGAAGCUCAGGUGUCCCGUUUGCGACGAGAGCUUCCGCGAGAGGCACCAUCUCACUAGACAUAUGACCGCCCAUCAGGAUAAGGAGAGCGACGGCAUCGUUGACCAGGUCGAAAUCAAGAGGAGGACUACUGUUCACAGUAAGUGA